CAGGGAUUUAUAUACAAAGCGGAAGCCCUCAAAAUCCGAUUACCGAACUUGCAUGAUGCAAAAUAUAUUCAACGAAUUUUAAAUUACAAAUUGUGUUUUUUAACGUGAAAAUAACGAUUCAUAUAUACAACUACCUACAAGAUGUACAGAUUAGAUAAAUAAAUGUAUCCGCUUUAGGGUUCUGUCUCAAUAUUCAAUCCACGGCCAUACACAAGAUAUUAGCAUACAGUACAUUAACAUAUUUAACAUAUUUACCGAUGCAGUGUUUCUCGAUGAAAGAGACGAUCGGGAUGUUCCACAUGGGCGAUGUGAGAAAUCCAACGACCCCAUCAAAGACAAACUCCCAGUCAGUCAUUUUGGUGGAAAAAAUCUUUCGUCUUUAAUACAAUCAAGUGAAACAACUUACAGUACAAUCGAAACGAAAAUGACACAACAACAACAACACAAAAAUGCCAGAGAGAAUGCUGGACUUCCGCGUCAUUAUCGCCAUGACAACAUGUUGCCAAGCAACGGGCUGCGGCGAAACAAGAUGGCCGCCGUCUGAGGAGUGAGAAAUGCGAAAAUUGCUUGUUUUGGGAAGAUAACGGCUCGGAAAUGGCCAUGGAACUUGUGAAAGCUUCGGACCUUUCUGCUGUUGUACAUAAGGCAGUUGAGAAUUUGCAGGAAUUGGGUAAAACGCGAAUAUUACUGCUUAAAUAUUAGUAAUUUAGUAGUGCAUAUAUAAAUAAAUUCUUAAUUUCUCAUGUCUCUUUAGCAAUGGUAGUAAGAAAGGAAAAUGAUUUUCUGGAGGAUGAAUACGAUGCUUCGAAUAUUGGAGUUAUUAUUGAAGCAUUAGAGGAAAUGGUUAGUUUGCAGUUUGAGAGUAGUUUAGUGGUGUACUAUGCCAUAUAUUUAAUGAUGCUUUCCAGGGCAAACAGGGGGGGGGGGGAUGACAUCCACUAUUUUCACCCCCCACACACACACAAAUACAUACAAACAUGAGGGAACAGCGUGUCCCACUUUCCCCUGACUCAGGAACGCCAUUCAACAAUGCCG